GAGACUUCUCAGCCCUACGGUAGGGUACUUUGUAGGAAGUGCAAUGCGUGCCGUUCUACGCGUCUACAGUACGCGUACACUUGAUGUUGGUUUAUGCUUACAACAUUCGCCAGGGUUGUUGACGAACAAGUGAAAGAGAUCUGCGGAGUUCCCCGCCAACUGUGCAGACGACUCCCUUGCCAGUACGGAUACCCCUUGAAGGAGUUGGGGGCCAAUUCAUGAGCCCAGACACCGAGAGGCUGUUGGACGAGAUCAGGCCGGGGACAUCUUGUACAAUGCAUACCACUACAGUACACUGCUUUACUAACUCAAGUGGCACUGCUGUUGUGAUGUGGCCCCUUAAGUCCACGAAGCUCCAUGGACCUGCCCGGCCACCGCGGCACUUCACCCUGGAGAGCAUCGACACUGCAUAUGCCACAUACAUACUCAGCUUGGCUAUCAUCCUCAAUGUCUCCGUUGUCUUAUGGAUUCUCUGCAAGGUUCUACCGGCAAGCCCGUUGGCCAGGCAAGAAAUGCAACGGCGAGACGGGGCGUCAUGUGAGCCUAUGGGACGGACAGUUCUGGGUUGCUUUCAUCAGUGUGCGGCACCGAUCCCCCGCUACCAAGCCGCCUGGAUGCUACCGGGCUGUGGCCGUUGGGCCGGCAGGGCGAUCCCUCAGAGUUAUUAAUCCUCCGCGGACCAUCACUAGCCAACCCUGGCCGUGGGCUUUUGCGCUCCUACAAGCAAGGUUUGAUUUGAGAAUACAAAGACGACCAUCGGAACCCCUUGGGCUGUUG